AUGCCUACUGUGAAACCAUUUGGACCCGACCCGACGAUUUGGCCUUCAACACCACCACACCCAGAAAACUGGUCAUCUUCCAACACAGAAUGCUCGAUAGCAUGGCCUGACCUUGCAACCUUUCCACCGGCGCCACAAGGCCCCAUAGAACCACCAACUUCUAAAUAUCGACUGAAAAACGAAGAAGAGGAAGAACCCUUCGAGAAACUCGGCAGCGCCGCGUUACUAGAAGGCAGUAUCCCCUACUUUGGCACCGGGUACGGAGAAUACGGUCGCAACAUUGACACCAAUACCGUAUGUCGCUUCUUUGAUAAAAAUCGCAUGAGGAGACAACAAAGUGCGAAAGGAGACGCCCCACUGAUUUUCUCUUCCGUCUUACCAGCGUCCACUCGGCAAGCCGCCGCUCCAUCCCGCCAGCCUGAUUCACCACGCGUGGUCUGUGCAUAUCCUGCAUUACCACAACCUGUGACACCAUCCGCUCCAAGAUACGAAACCUACAGCCACGCACUCGCCACCCGUCCCUCCUAA